AUGGAGCACAGCUUGCACUCCGGCGACGACCUCCUCUCCGGAAGCUCCCAUCCCAGCCGCUUCCCGCCCACCACUCCGCCGCGUCCCCCUGCGUACAUCGACCAAGUCCUUCUCCCGCUCUUUCUCUUCGUCCUCUCCUUCCUCAUCGUCGGCGCGGUCAUCAGCGUCGCCUUCGGCUCGAGCUCCGAGGCAGAGGAGCGUCUGGCACGAAGGAUGAAGAAGAGGAAGAAGCGGGGGCUCGACCCGGCGCGGGUGACUUCUUUCCUGCUCGUGCCGUUCGGCGCCGUGGAUUGGGGACGCGAGGAGGCAGGGGAGUGCGCCGUGUGCCUGGUGGAGUUCCGCUGCGACGACGACUUGAGAGUGCUGCCGGGGUGCGGCCACGGCUACCACGCGGAGUGCAUCGACCCCUGGCUCAUCAGACAUGCCACGUGCCCCUUGUGCCGGAAUGACCUGGCGUCGCCGCCGGCUCGCUCACCCGGCCGCCAUGUCAUUGACGCUUAA